AUGGGCUCCCGACUUCACAAUGCCCCCAUAGUCCUCGACAAUGGCAGCGGAACUAUACGCGCAGGCUUCGCCGGCCAGGACCUACCAAAAUGCUUCUUCCCAUCUUUUGUCGGCCGGCCGAAACACAUACGAACAAUGGCAGGUGCGCUGGAAGGCGACGUGUUCAUUGGACCACAGGCACAACAGUAUAGGGGGCUUUUCAAGAUCAACUACCCAUUAGAGCACGGCAUUGUCACGGACUGGGACGACAUGGAGCGAAUAUGGCAAUACGUAUAUACGGAAGAGUUGAAGACCGUUAGUGAAGAUCAUCCCGUGCUCCUCACAGAACCGCCGUUGAACCCUCGGGAGAACCGCGAUACGGCCGCACAGAUACUGUUCGAGACGUUUAAUGUGCCUGCUCUGUACACGUCGGUGCAAGCCGUCCUCUCGUUGUAUGCAUCAGGAAAGACGACCGGUAUAGUCCUCGACUCUGGUGACGGUGUGUCGCAUGCGGUGCCUGUGUUCCAAGGCUUUGCUAUUCCCAACAGCAUUAGGCGGAUUGAUGUAGCGGGCAGGGACGUCACCGAGCACAUGCAACAGCUGCUACGAAAAGGUGGGCGGGUGUUUCACACAAGCGCAGAGAAAGAGACGGUCAAGGACAUCAAGGAGAAGGCUGGCUACGUCGCAUUGGACCCCGCAAAGGAAGAGAAGGAAUGGUCAGGCGCGGCGCGGUCGGACAACAAGAGCAUUGAGUACACUCUACCAGACGGACAGAAGCUCAAGGUUGGCGCGGAACGUUUCCGAGCACCGGAGAUUUUGUUCAAUCCCGAGAUCAUUGGUCUUGAGUACCCUGGCGUGCACCAGAUCGUGGUCGAGGCCAUUCACCGGACGGACAUGGACCUGCGGAAAGCGCUCUACGGCAACAUCGUGCUGUCUGGAGGGUCCACGUUGACAAAGGGCUUCGGAAACAGACUGCUCCACGAGGUGCAGCGGUUGGCGGUGAAGGACAUGCGCAUCAAGAUCCUCGCACCCCCUGAGCGGAUAUACACUACGUGGACGGGCGGCAGCAUUCUUGCGGGUCUGAGUACAUUCAAGAAGAUGUGGGUUGAAAAGGAUGAAUGGCAGGAGAACCCGGACAUCAUCCACACCAAGUUCGCAUAG